GGCUGCGGGGCUGCUGCUCCUCCCAGCAUCCCUGGCGCGGCCAUUUCAGCCCCAUCUUGGCCGAGUGGAGGGAGCUGCAGCCGCUGCUUCAGCAGUUUGAAUUUCUGUUUUGUUUUGUUUUUUCUCCGGAGUCUCCGAGCCGGCCGCGCCGAGGAGAAGCGGAAGGCGCCGCCACCGGUUCCCCUCACGCCGCCGAGCACCUCCGCUCGCUUGCCGUUCCCUCAGCCGCCGCCGCCGCCCCUCACGCGCCUCAGAGCCGCGAGGAGGCCGGGCCCGCCGCCGCCGCGGGUGGCUCCCUGAGGGAGGCCAGACUGCCGGCCUUCCCCGCCCCCGAGCGGGCUUCCGCUGCCACCGCCGGCAUGGCCCCCGGACUGCGCUCGGGCUAGAGACCGGGACGGAGGGCUGCCUCCCGCCGCGGACCUCCAGCCCCGUCCGUCAGGAAGCGCCGGUCCCGGCCUCGCCGCUCCGCCUUCUUCCUCCGCGUCGCCGCGCGGGAGCAGCCGCGGGACCCGGCCAGGAGAGCCCGAGCGGGGCAGAACCGCCCCUCACGCCGCCGCCGCCGCCUCCUGCGCCCUGCGCUCCACCCCCAGCCGGGCCUGCUGACCGCGCCGAGCGCCGGGCUGGACUGACCGCGGAGGCUGAGCUGUUGGAGCAGCCGGCCCGCCCCUGGACCACGCUCGGGCCGUCGCUGACGAGUUGAAUUGAGGCACCCCUGCCGCGGGAGGUGAGGAGGGAGGAGGAGGAGGAUGUCGCGCCGAGACGCCGGCGCCCAGAGCAGCCCGUGACUUGGCGGCGUGGGCCGUAGACCCAGGCGCGAACUCGGACUUUGUCUUUGGGGGCCCGUGCUCGGCCCUUCUCGGUUUCCGGUGGGGUCCCAGAGGAGCCUCUGCCCUCCAGCCUCUUCCACCAUGUCCAAGAUGCCGGCCAAGAAGAAGAGCUGCUUCCAGAUCACCAGUGUCACCACGGCUCAGGUGGCCACCAGCAUCACCGAGGACACCGAGAGCCUGGACGACCCGGACGAGUCGCGCACGGAGGACGUGUCCUCCGAGAUCUUCGACGUUUCCCGGGCCACGGAUUACGGCCCGGAGGAGGUGUGUGAGCGCAGCUCCUCGGAAGAGACGCUCAACAAUGUCGGGGAUGCGGAAACUCCCGGGACCGUGUCCCCGAACCUUAUCCUGGAUGGGCAGCUGGCAGCCGCUUCAGCUGCGCCCGCCAACGGAGGCGGCGGUGGCGUGUCGGCCCGGAGCGUGGCGGGGGCCCUCGCCCAGACCCUUGCGGCGGCUGCCGCUUCGGUGUCCACUCCUGGGCCGAGUAGUGCAACUCCAUCUCAGCCCCCUGCCACUUGUAGUUCGCGUUUCCGCGUGAUCAAACUAGACCACGGGAGCGGGGAGCCGUACCGGCGCGGCCGAUGGACGUGUAUGGAAUACUACGAGCGGGAUUCGGAUAGCAGCGUCCUCACCAGGUCUGGGGAUUGCAUUAGACACAGCAAUACUUUGGAGCAGACUGCGGAGCGGGACAGCGGCCUGGGCGCCACCGGAGGGUCGGUGGUGGUGGUGGUGGCCUCCAUGCAGGGGGCGCACGGGCUGGACUCGGGAACUGACAGCUCCUUGACUGCUGUGUCACAGCUACCCCCGUCGGAGAAAAUGAGCCAGCCCACUCUCGCCCAGCCGCAGAGUUUCAGCGUCGGGCAGCCGCAGCCUCCACCGCCCGUAGGUGGGGCUGUGGCUCCAAGUUCGGCGUCGCUGCCGCCGUUCCCGGGAGCGGCGACCGGGCCGCAGCCAAUGACAGCAGCCGUUCAGCCAGCCCAGCUCCAGGGAGCCGUGGCCGGCGGCGCCCUCUCCGGGCCUGUCGGUCAGGGGCUGCCGCCGCCGCCGAAUGUCAACCUGGCGCAGCCUGUGGCCCUGGCAGCUCAGCCUGGCCCGGCCGGCGGCUCCUCGUUGUCGCAGCAGUUCGCCUAUCCCCAGCCUCAGAUACCACCCGGGCAUUUGUUGCCGAUGCAGCCAUCGGGCCAGAGUGAGUACCUGCCGCCGCACGUGGCCCUGCAGCCGCCAAGCCCUGCGCAGCCCUUGUCUACCAGCGCUAGCGCCACCUCUGCUUCCGCGGCCAGCUUUCCUCUGGGGUCUGGCCAGAGCGUCUCCUCCUUGGGUGCCCAGAUGAUGGGCGCCUCCGCCCAGCCCAGUGAAGCUGUGGCCCCGGGUCCGGUUCCUGUGGGCCAGGCCGCUCCUUGUCAGCAGGCCGGAGUGGCCCCAGCUGCUCUAGGAGGCGUGGUGCAGCCAGGCUCCGGGCUUACUGGGGUUGGGCAGCCCCAGCCUGUGCAGCCUCCGCAGCAGAUGGGUGGCAGUGGUCAGCUGCCAGCCGUGCCUGGUGGUCCUCACACCGUGGUGCCCGGAGUUCCAAACGUGCCUGCAGCGGUACCCGUUCCAAGCGUGCCUAGUGUGCCCACCACUUCUGUUACUAUGCCAAAUGUACCCGGGCCUCUGGGCCAGUCUCAGCAGCUGAGCAGCCAUACGCCAGUCAGCCGGAGCAGCAGUGUCAUCCAGCAAGUUGGUUCACCCUUAGCUCAAGGCACCCACAGUGCACCAACAAGUCUACCACAGUCUGACCUAAGCCAGUUUCAGACUCAGACCCAGCCUUUAGUCGGGCAAGUUGACGAUACUAGAAGAAAAUCAGAACCCCUACCUCAAGCACCACUUUCUCUCAUUGCUGAAAGUAAGCCUGUUGUGAAGCCUCCAGUUGCAGAUGCCCUGGCAAACCCUCUUCAGUUAACACCUAUGAACAGUCUGGCCACCUCUGUAUUCAGCAUAGCUAUUCCUGUAGAUGGUGAUGAAGACAGGAAUCCUUCAACUGCUUUCUACCAAGCGUUCCAUUUGAACACGUUUCAGGAAUCAAAGAGCCUCUGGGAUAGAAUUUUUUUUAGAAUUCAGCAUCGGAGGAGGAAUGUGACAUAAUAAUGAUCGAAAGCCGAAAGUUUAAAAGUUGUGAUGCCCUCACAUGGUUGGAGGGUUAUUCUAGCUUCUAAGGACUGAAUGUUGUCCACAAGAGUGUCUCAUCAGGUCAUAAAUUGGUAAGACUUAAUGGAUUAGAUUUUAUGUAUUAUACCUGAUGUUGUUGUAUUGAGAUGACUAUAUGAACAAAAUGAGCACGUUGUGUAAUUAAUAGUAUAAAAUAUAAGUUAAAGUUAGAAUUUUAACUACUUGAUUAUGUAAUUAUUUCAAAGUCUCACAAAGCACAAGCCUCUGUCUCUGUAGUAUUAAACAACGCAGUUUAAAAAAGAAAGUGAAAUCCUAUAUGAUAGUAACAUUAAAUAUUUUUAUUGCAUCUGUUAUAGAUGCUUACAGUUUAGUGAAAGCCCAAAAUACUUUGCAGCUAUUUUUCCAGGAAAUAUUUGAGAAAUAAUUUUUUUAAAGAAAUAUAUCCAUUUUCUUCAUAACAUAUUGUAUAAAUUAAUUUUAUUUCUUUGGAGGGUUAUUACUUUCUUCAUAAAGGCCAUCUUUGUUUCUAAACACAGCCAGUUUUUUCCAAUUUUAAUGUUGAGAAUACUUACCAUGGCAGUGUCACGUGAAAACAGUAUAUUAGAUGUCAAUAUACUUGUUUUUAUAUCUUGAAAAUUAAUUUCUCUCAGAAUUCUCUCCUUAGAAAACAACUUGUUUUAUGUACCUUCCUUGGCUUGUUUUCUGAAGCUGUGUUUUAAUAAAUUGGACUCUUACUAGGAUUUAGGUGAGGAUAAGUAAGAUCUUUAUUUUUCAUAUUUUGAAAAUGAAGAAAAAAGGAUGGGCUAAGUUGUAUAUAGUUAUAGAACUAAUGUUCUUAUUAAGGUAUUAUAUAAAAACUACAAAGCUAUCAAGAACUAUUUGGGGUUACUUUCUAAGAAAGCUAAAAGGUGUGGGUGAUACUAAGCAAGCCACUGUAGCCGUUGCAACUUUAUACUCAAGCAGACAUAGGUCUUUGUCCGGUGUCCCCUUAGCCACAUUCAUGCCUACACUGUCUUCUCAAUAAAAUCCUCAGUUGUUUCUCGUGUGGUUUUUAUAACUACUCUGUAGCUUAAAUUCCUUCAAGUAGUGAUUGUGAGUGUGGAAAUAAAAUAAACCAUCAAAUUCUUUAUUAUUCUAUAGACUUCUUGUUUCUUCAGUUUUCUAUAACAAAUCUUCAUAACCCAACAAAGAGAAUAUCUAGUUUGUCUAGUGUAUGUUUAAUAGUUAAAGGCUUCAGAAAAUUGUAAAUAUAGGAACUUAAAGUAGAAUAGUGCAGUCAUACGUAAAAUGUUAAGAGCAUUGAUCAGAUCUUUAAGAGUAGUUAAUAUCAAUACUGACUAUUUGGCUCUGCUUGGUGGCAUGUGCCUUUAAUCCUAGCACUCCAGAGUAAGAGGUAGAGGAUCUCUGGAGUUCAUCCUGGUCUACAUAGCAAGCUCUAGGACAGCUGGGACUAUAUAGUGAGACCUUCUCUGAAAAAUAACAAGCAAACAAAGUGAGUAGGUUUUGUUUUAAAAGGCAAGUCUUGUUAGUCACCCAGGUGUAUGAUUUGCAACAGGAAUUUUUAACAAGUCCAUUGAUCCUACUGAUUUUCACUAAUAAUUGAUCUUAACAGAGAAGGAUAGAACAAAUCAGAGCCUAGCUGCUCUAGUUUUAAAUUUUCAUGCUGUUAGGUGUGGUGGCACAUGCCUUUAAUCCCAGCACUUGGGAGGAAGAGUUAGGCAGAUAUCUGAGUUCAAGGCCAGCCUGCUCCAAGAAUCAAGCUCCUGGAAAGCCAGAAUGACAGA